GGGUGGGAGGGAGGAACGGUCGGAGAGGGUGGGGAUUUGUUGCAGAAAGCAGACUAGCAGGGAGGGGGAGAAGCGGGCACAUAGUGAAGACUGCGGAGAGUGAUGGAGGGGUAGGAUGAUGAUUUUUUUUUUGUAAGGCCGGAUAUUGAUGAACGUUGGUGACACUCACGAUGUGUGGAUGGUGGUGGUGUAAGAUGGGGGGGGGGUUGUUGAUAGAGGUUGAUAAAAGAAGAACAGCGUCUUUUGAUGAAGAUGCUUGAAGGCGAAAAUAGGACUCGACGAGAGUUCUCAAGUGCUCGUGCUCCCCCUCCCUUCCCAGAUCCACUCGCCUCUUGGUUGGCGUCUCCAGACCUUCCCCACCCCACCCUGCCACCCUCCUCGCCCCGCCCAGACCUCAUUGUGCUCGGCUGGCUGUGCAGUGUCCUUACCCAUCCUGGUUCUAGCCUUUGCUGGUCUGGCUGCAUGGCACCUUGGUGUCUCGGGGUCCAGCAAGGGUGAGCGUAGAACGCUAGAAGAACAUUUCAAGAAAGAGGCGGCGAGGACGGCAAGGCAAGAAGUCGACACGACACUCGGGCAGGAAGGCUGUACAGCAAGUGCAAGAGAAAGGACAGACGUUGUCUCCAGGAGCGGACUGGGAGAAGGUUUAGCCAUCGCAGAGUAAGGAGAAAGAUGUAGCAACAACGGGGUUUUAAAGAAAUAACUUGCAGACUUGAGUGUCGCCAUGUGCUGCUUGGAUCCGUGAUUCGUCAACGACCUCCCAUGGAUAAUGCGCCUUUGUUUUUGCUGUUGAAGAAGCAGAGUGAAGCGUCGGUGAUUUAUGGCAGAGAGCUGAAGAGAGGUGCCGCUUCUACUUUGCAGAUUUGGUGCUGACUGUGCUGGCCGUGUCGCUAAUGAUCAUGCUGCUUGGGACUCGAACCAUGGAAUGCAUGGAACGGUCCGCGGAGCUCUACUACACACUCCGCCCCACGUCAAAGUCCUCCAUCUUCAAACUCUUCACUGGUCGUUACCCUGCGCCACAGUUCUGCGAAGUGUACUGGGACUGGGCAGAGCCCCAGGCAGUGGGAAGAGCCAUGACCUUUAGCAUACGGUUUUUCCAGAAGAACGGCACACCCUACCCGAUUUCAACGGCAGACAAUGUGCUGGUGGAGAUCCUGCACCAGAAUGCCAAGGUUGCCACAACAAUUGACCUGGGCAGCGAGGAGCCAUGCAAUGCUAAUGUGGCCCGAGUGUCCUUCACUGUCCACAAGUCCGGCGAGUACAGCAUUUCCGUCAUGAUCGAUGGACACCACAUCAAGGGCAGUCCCUUCAAGAAGACCUUUGAACCAGGUCCCAUCGAUGCCAGCAAGACUGGCUUCAUGAACUACAGUUCCACGGUGGUGUGUGCAGCAGGGACCUCCCAUCCUCUCACUAUAGAGACAAGGGACUCCUUCAACAACCUGGCAGCUUACCGCACUGACCAGAAAUAUUUUUUCAAAAUCAGAGUGGAAGAGGCAGGAACUAACAUACGCUACACACCCACCACACAAAUAAUUUAUAAUGUCCAGGAGAAAAAGCUAACAAUGUACAUACAGAUGGAAAAAGAAGGUUGUUUUCAAGCUACAGUGUCUUACGGAGACGUCAGACUUAAAAAUGGAGACUUCAGUAUUCUUGUGCUGAACAGCGAGGAGCUGACUAAGGUGAAAAAGAAUGUCGUGAAGCGACGGCAUAAUCUGUAUUAUGAGGUGCGGCUUCUGGCCUGCAAUAACGAAACUCUCGAGAAGCCCAAGAAAGUCUUCCUGUACAUUUCACCCAAGCAAAUUACCCUGAAAGAAUUUUAUUUAAAAAUCUACCCAAAGAAGUUGUUCACUUUUAGAGUCUGCCCUUCUACAAAGUUUUACUUCAAUGGCUUCAACAGACACGUGGGGGCUCCCAGUUUUACUAUAGACGAUGGAGCUCAGCCACCUCUUAUGCUAGCCUCUAAAGACCGGAACACAAUAGCUGCUACCUUUUCCUGCUUCCUGCUGCAGAGCAUUGGUGGCUCAGAAACAUUCCAUGACAAGCAGGCAUUCUUUAACCAAGAAGUACGGGACCUGCACUCUAAGAGGGCACAUACUCCUCUUCCUCUCAAGGUUGACCGCUCAAAGCUUUUGCACCAUUCCUACAAGCUGACAAAGCACUUUGAUUUGGGGGACUGGUGUCGUCUGCUGGAGGUGUCAUUUGUAGGGGAGGAAGGUCUUGACUGGGGAGGUCUACGACGUGAGUGGUUUGAGCUGCUUUGCACGGAGUUGUUUGACCCUUCCCGCUCUGGUCUCUUCAUGCGCUUUUCCAAUUCCCCCCAAGCUUUGGUUCACCCAAAUCCAAAGCGACCACAAGAGCUUCAGCUGAAAAUGUAUGAAUUUGCUGGCAAGAUAGUAGGAAAAUGUCUGUAUGAAUCAUCUCUAGGACGGCCUUACAGAGAACUUGUCAAAGCCAGGUUCUCUCGUUCAUUCUUGGCCCAGCUGAUAGGGCUGAGAGUUAACUACAAGUACUUUGAGACAGACAACCCAGAACUGUACAAAACAAAAAUCAAGUUCAUUGAAGACAAUGACAUCGAAAACAUGGAGGACAUGGAACUGAUGUUUUCAGAGGAGGAGUACAAUGAGAGGGGACAGCUUGUCAGAACUGUAGACUUGGUGCCGGGUGGUAGCAACAUUAGAGUAACUAACAAGAACAAGCUGCAGUAUCUGGAUCAGCUGGCCCAGUAUCAUCUGGCCACCUGUGUCAAAGAUGAAGUGGAGAACUUUCUCAAAGGCCUAAAUGAACUAAUACCUGACAAUCUGCUCAGCAUCUUUGAUGAAAAUGAACUUGAGUUGCUGAUGUGUGGUAUGGGCACCUACAGUCUGGCUGACUUUAAAAUCCACCACACAGUUACAGAUCCAUCUCCAACAUUCAACAAAGUACUGGAUUGGUUCUGGACUGUAGUGGCAGGAUUUACUGAAGAGCAGAUGGCACGGCUACUUCAGUUUACGACAGGAUCUUCCCAGUUGCCUCCUGGCGGCUUUGGGGAGUUGAACCCAAAAGUGCAACUUAGUCCAUACCACCGCCAUAAUGCUUUGCCCAUUGCACAUACCUGUUUUAACCAGCUAUGUCUGCCGAACUGUGAUAACAUCGAGCAGUUCCACAAAAAUCUCCUUACAGCCAUCAAUGAGGGAAAUCAAGGAUUUGGGAUGGUCUGAUUUGCCUGCUCAAUGAUGGAUUAUUUUCAGACUUUUGCCUUUUCGUGGCAGUUGAAUAAUCAUUUGCUCCUUCCAACUUCAGAGCAGAAUUGCUCUCCGACGAAAUAAAGGAAAGGAGUGACUGACAUGAAUGUCACAUGCUUCCCAGUUUUUCUCAUCAUAUCUUUUUCCUGCGAGAAAGAGGGGUGAAGAUGUUCGACGGUGAUGAUUAUGAGGAACAAGAUGGCAUGGAACAAACUGCAGUGAAAAGUGUUUUUCUUUCUGUGCCGAUUUAACCACAUUUGCUCAUGAAGAGAGAGGAGUGUCAUUGCUGUGGACUCUCAAAAGGGUGGAAUAGCUUACUUGUGGAAGCGUUUUACAAAAUCUGAUUAUUUUUCCUCAUUGACAUUUGCUGUGCACAUUCAGGUGUGGUAUCGUUCAACAUUGAAUGAUACUUGCCAAAAGGAGACAAGAUGUGGCUUGACAAUGGUGCUGGGUGCUACCACUUUAUUCUUGCAGCACAUGAAUCUCGAACAUGUUCUAGCUCUUGUAUACAGCAACCAAAGGCUGUUGAUGCAUUAACAAUCUGACAGAAGGUGGCAAGCAAGGUGACUGGCUUCUGUAGUCUGGCCACAGAUGGAUUACAUCCUAUAUAUUGUGACUUGUUUGGGUGACAGAACUUCAGCGUUUGUGCAAGACGAGAAUGAUGGCUGUCAGCAUAAGGUCAGAAUAACAUCAUUGCACCAUAAUCAGUACAAGUUCAGAAUAACAUUGAGAAUUACCAUCCCAGAAUAGCUCUGCGUUUGGAACCCAACAGUGUCUUGUUUGUGACAUUCUUUUUUUAUUUUCUGUGUACUUCCCCUCACCCCUGAUGUGCAGAGGUUCUGAAUGCAGUAUAGAAAUGAGCUUGCUGUAUUCUCCACGUGCUGCCCUUAGAGUGCAAAUGCAGUGUUGUGAGUGAAGUGCAAAAUGUGCAUUGUGGGUCCAACACAAGUGAUGAGAAGCAGGAGGAAGAGUUUGUGGAUGACACCAAUUUCCAGCUGAAGGAAGGUCUGUGUCUAUAGCAGUACAUUCCCUUCACCGUCAGUUUAUCAAGAAUUACUUCUUGUGUUGUUGUUAAGUACCAAAAUAUUUUUUUUUUGUUCCUGAUAAUGCUUUAGGUCAGUCCAAGGUUGACUAUUCCUUCGUCUUGAAUGCAGGAGUAUUUUGCACCACCAGAAUUGCUCUUUGUUCAAAUACACCGGGAAGAAAGAAAAAGGAGAAGAAAGAAGUACACACGUGAUUUCUCUCCACACACAAACAUGCACUAUAAAAGUAAUAAAACCUGCCAGCAGCAACCUUGGUGAGCUUUGACAUAAUCAGCUAACAAUAUCUAUGUUGCACACAACACACAUGCACAGCACAUUAAAAAGACACAUAAAAAACAAGAUAGGCAUGCAAUCAGGAGUGGAAGUUAUGGAAAGAGAAGAAAAAGGCACUAGCUACUUAAAAGUAUGAUUGGAAAAGGGAGCUGUUAAUGCCAAACUUGAAAGCCUGAAAGGCAGUAUGUGUGCAAAGUAAAUGAUGGCAAAGCAUUCCAGACACUUGGGCCAGAGAAAGUAAAAACGGCCUCCAAACUUUUCUUAAGGCUUAUCUUACAAACAUGUUGAAAAGGUGUUGCCAUAGCAUCUUUCAAAAUCAUCUUGAUGUCUUUCCAAAAAUCACAUGAAAUAUCCAGUGUUUAAGGGCUGGUCUCUAGUAAAUGGAAUGGAACUGGAUUAUACCGGACUAUCUACUCACAUUUGAGAAUUAGUUUUGUUUUUUUUAGGAUUUGUGGUUAGAGUGCUGGUGUCCAAACUGAGAGGUCUGCUGGUUCGAUAUUUCUCAGCAGACUUAACCAGUUUGACCCAGAUGGUGUGAAUGGGUACCUGACUGCAUAGAGGGUUGGGCAAAGUAAGGCAGUGAGGGAGAGAUGGGCACCAUCCUCAGGUAAAAAUGGCUUCAAGAAAACACCUCACUCUCCACCAGCCUGAAAAGGUUAGGGAAUGACCUUUACCUUACCUGUACAAUGCUGCUUCAGAAAAAUGUCAAAUAGCAGGUUUUCUCCAGUCAGUGUACACUUGCAAGGAAGAUGAUGCAUAAUCAGUCUUCAUCAUAACUGCCGUAGGCUGGAGAUGAAUGUAAGAUGGAAAAGUAUUUGUUCGGCCAAAAGUGGCUCACUGCAACUAGGUGGAAGGCACAGAGACGAGAGAGAGAAGUGGGGAAGGAGUUGCUUAAUAAAAAUGUUUCCCAUAAACUACAGCAUACAGUGAGGCUAAACAGAGUUGGCACUCCUUCCACUAAAAUUCAUCACAAAAAAGCAGACAAAAGGCUUACUUAAAGCAGAGACCUAGACAGACCCUAAGUUAUUGGGCUGCUAGCAUGUUGUUGAAGUGACAGACAAGCACUGAUGCUCAGGAACAACAGUAAGGAACAUUUCAUGUAAAUCAUGCCUGCUUAUACAAAUGAUUUACUUGAAAUAUACUCAGUUGUGCAUUAUUAAACUGCUCUUGUAGUACAUGGAGAAUGUGCUUUAAUAGUUAAAAGCAUCUCAAAAUGACUUACUGAAUCAUAAAAUAUUGCACAAUGCCAAAAAACAAACUAGCUCAAAAGUGAAAAGUGAGCUUUUGCAUGCAGAAAUUCUUAUUUGGGUGUUUCAAGCUACUAACUUAUCCUCAGAAAAUUUGUAAGUCUGGAGAAAACUGCUGAAUUAUGAAAUCUUGUCAUUGUGAUUAUUUUGUGAUGUUACCUGAUUAAGGUAUAUGUGCUUUUCAAGUAAGUGAAGUUGAAAACUGUCAGUAUUGCUAACACUUUUAGGUGUUGAUAUAUAUAUAUCAUAUGCUUGGCACUUUUUGCAAGAUUUGAAUUUCUCUUUGAACCUGGGAGUUUGAUCAGGGCUUUCACACAGGCAGAUUAUGACAACUUUGAAUUAUCAGGUGUUGGUGUUAUUGUUAAGUUCAACACAUAAACAUCGUUUGGAAAAACCUAAACAAAUUCAUUAACUUUUCUCUUUUUACAUACACCUCAAGCAGCAGAGAUCAAUUAUCUUUGAAAAAUUACAUAUCAGCAUAAAAUAAACAAAAUGUUAUAUUAGUAAACAGUGUGCCAUACCUCCAGUGUGAAAAAUACAGUGUGCAUCUUGGCAACUGUACCAGAAGUCAGUAAUCACACACUGAUUAUGUGUAUUAGUGUCAUGUUACUGUUUAGUGGCCUCAGUCAUUCAGCCACGCAAGUAUAUCAAGCAGGGUGACAUGACAUGGCACAUGCUAAAAACAGGUUAAGAAAAGCAAGUGCUACUCAAGAGCCUAAGAAAAAGGUUACAUCACAGCAUCUUUUUAAGUUAAAACCAUUGUGUCACAAAUCGUUUAGAUUUUACAGACAUUUCACUUGCAGAUGAGGUUGUAUUGGAGUUUCUGGUGGUAGCUGGUGAAGCUUAUGACAAGUUAAGAAAAGUUUGUUUAUGGUUUUAAAUUUAUGUGUAAAUAUUGUUGAUUGAGAGAUUGCCACUCAUACUUGCCUUCCUAUGCAGCCUCUAAUAAUGCCGCAGUUUGCUGCAUAAUUUAUUGUCUGUGCACAUCUGCAGCACUGUUUUCCCACAGUCAUUCAUGAGCAACACUCUUUUUUUUCAUUAUUUGGAUGUCAGUGUGAAAUCAAACAACUGUUAGAAAACCAUGAAUAAAGUAACUGUUUGUUGCCACUCUUGCUGUGGACAUUAUAAAGGGUUAUUUUGCUUGGUUCAGAUACUCAAUUGUUGAUUAAAAAAAAUACUCUCUAAGUUUUUAAUGAGCUGUGAUCAUGAAACUUUUAUAAUUUUACAUUCAGCAUGAUAAAUAUUUGGUGGCUUGGGUGGUGUCUGCCAGGGUUUUAUUUAUUUACUGUUUAAGCUGUGGAAAAAAAUUUUCUAUCAGUGCUCUUUAGUUAAUUUGAAAGAGAAAUUAGACUAUUUGUUUUGCCCUUUGCACUCUCUUUUAAGAAAGUUCAGAGGUACUAACAUUCCACCUUUAGUGAUGACCUGCUGUUACUUUAAAAUUGCUAGCUGAAGCUUUAGAAUUUUGUUCCUGCUGAAUUUUGCCAUAGACUCAUCAGCAUGAAAACUGGUGUUUAGUCUGGUCUUUGAAAUAUGAAAUGAAUAUGUUUAUAUGUUUUAGUUUUGGCAUAAGCUUUGAUUGAAGAGAGAAUUCAGCUUUUUUUUUUUGUCCCAUGCAACAUCGAGAACAUUGCAAUUCUCCUCCCCUUUCCCCCACCCACCCUCAGAAUAUCAGUUGUUGUCUGCUCAUUAGAAUUAUUUAUUGUAGGGUUUUUAAUCCAGGACAACACCUCAGUAAAACUGCUGAUAAAAACACUGCUCUAAGAAAAUGAACCCUUUAAAAUCCUGAGCGUGAAUCAACAGUAUGUGAAUAGCAUAUCUUGAGUACACUGUACUUAUUCUUGAAUAUGUGAUCAUGACAUUAUUGAACAAUUUUUGUCAGUGUUGAAAGUGUGUAUGCAAAAUUUCACAUUAUCUCAAAACAAUUUUUUAUGAAUGGAAAGAAAGUAAAAAAGCUGUGUUGGAUGUGACCAGAUAUAAAAAUACAUAAAUCCUUCUUAGCUCAUUAUUCUAUUUUUUUUUUAAUGCUUUUUGUUUUUUAUUCAUAUAUUGAGUAAACAAUAUCAAUGAUUAAAUUAAGACACAGCAGUUGUUUCAGAUACUUUUAAUUUUCUUCAGUCCACCUCCAUUUCAACUGCCAUCAUGUUUGCAGAAUUUUACAUAGUUUGGUAAUUCAGGUUAUACAAAUCAUCAAACACAGCUUUUGUUGUUGCUAUUAACAUCUAAGCAUACUUAGAUUCAUUAUGUUCACCUUCUCUGUGCAGCCAUUUUAAUCAAAAAAAGUGUUGGCUACAUAUUGUAGAAUUCAGCAUCCAGCUGUGUAAAACUUAUUUUUAACAGCUUGCUGCUCAACUUGUUGCUUUCAAAAUGUUUAAGAAUCUAUUACGUUUGAAUGGAUUGCAAUUACUACUAUUAGGCAGGGUGUUAAAAAAAAUCACAAAAGAAUGCCAUUUGGUAUAUAUUAAAAUUGCAUGAAUGUUAAAUUUUGUGGAUGUCAGAUUUGAGUCAUGCUUCCAAGAGUUAAGAGAUGUGCACACUGAAAUUGGUCUGAUCCCUGAAAUUUAUGUUUAUCACUGUAUAGGCAACAUCAAAAAAAAAAGCUUAAACAAUACCAAAAGAGUUGGACUGGUAGCAAGAUUAUUCAGAUUAGUGGGAUGCUAGAAAUUAUUUAUAGCAUGUAACAGAUCCUUUCUUAUUUUCCUGUUCAGUUAAGAUUAUUUAUCAAACAGAGGAAAAGGAAAGAGAAUGAUGGAGAAAGUCACAUAAAACAUAAAAAAAUGGUUGCAUUCAAAAGAUGUGCUAUAAGAAUUCAUAUGACCUUGCAUCUACUAGUUUUAAUUUUGCGACAGCAGUGCAUUUGUGUACUAAGUUCCAGCUGUGUAAUGUUUUAUCUCUUGCUGGUAAUUUGGGGAUGAAGCAGUACAACGGCACAGAAAUAGAAAAAAAAAAAAUAUUGAAAUUGAAAUUAAGAGAGAUUUUACUCCGCAUACAUUUUUGCAGUCUGAAUUGUCCUGUACGAUCUACACUGAUCAAGCCUAAAAUGCCAAAAAAUUUAAGUAGGUCAAUGGUCAAUGCUGUUGUAAUCAUUAUGUGAUUUAGAGUGACAUUUAUUGAGAUUUAAUGAGUGACCUUCUAAGAUUAUUUUUUAAUUGGCGUGGCUUUCUUCUUUGAACUUACCUGACAACGUAACUAUCGGAGAUCUCUUUUGCCAUCAAAAGUGGAUCAUGUGGACAGUUUAUAAAGAUGACAGUCAAGCCAGUCCAACAGUUGGUUGUUUUUUUUAAGCAGCACUCCAC